UCUACUGACCAGCCUCCCUCGCCAUUGCAGGUCCAGGGAGUCGGUGUAGUGGCAGUUGGUCUUUAGCUAGGGGGAAGCCCGAAAGUAAAUAUAAAGGGUCGAAUAAAAGUACCAUCACACCGACAGUGCGAUUCAAACACGGUUUACAGUAACUUCAUUUAGACUUAAGACUGAGGACUCCCUAGUUGGGUGAUUAGCAACAGAAAGGAGCAGGCGUUUAGCAUUAGAAGAAACCGGAGGAGAGUGACAGAGGAACCGCCAUGGCUCAGAUCCUGCCCAUUCGCUUUCAGGAGCACCUGCAGCUCCAAAACAUAGGGAUCAAUCCAGCUAACAUUGGCUUUAGCACCCUCACUAUGGAGUCUGACAAGUUCAUCUGUGUGCGGGAGAAGGUUGGCGAGCAAACUCAGGUGGUGAUCAUUGACUUGGCCGACCCCAACACACCCAUCCGCAGACCCAUUUCUGCUGACAGCGCCAUAAUGAAUCCAGCCAGCAAAGUUAUUGCACUCAAAGACGAUGCUGCCAAAACUCUUCAGAUCUUCAACAUUGAGAUGAAGAGCAAGAUGAAGGCACACACCAUGACAGACGAUGUCACCUUCUGGAAGUGGAUUUCCCUCAACACCGUUGCACUUGUGACUGACACUGCUGUCUACCACUGGAGCAUGGAGGGUGAUUCACAGCCUGUGAAGGUCUUUGACCGCCAUUCCAGCCUGGCUGGCUGCCAGAUCAUCAACUACCGCACUGAUGCAAAGCAGAAAUGGCUUCUGCUCAUUGGCAUCUCUGCUCAGCAAAAUCGGGUGGUUGGUGCCAUGCAGCUUUACUCUGUCGACAGAAAAGUUUCACAGCCAAUUGAAGGACAUGCUGCCAGUUUUGCCCAGUUCAAGAUGGAGGGCAACGCAGAGGAGUCGACUUUGUUCUGCUUUGCUGUCAGAGGCCAAGCUGGAGGAAAGUUGCAUAUUAUUGAAGUUGGCACCCCAGCAACAGGCAACCAACCAUUUCCAAAGAAAGCAGUGGAUGUGUUCUUCCCUCCAGAAGCACAAAAUGACUUCCCUGUGGCUAUGCAGAUAAGCGCCAAACACAAUGUGGUUUUCCUUAUUACUAAAUAUGGCUAUAUACACCUGUAUGACUUGGAAACGGGAACCUGUAUCUACAUGAACCGCAUAAGUGGAGAGACCAUCUUUGUCACCGCUCCACAUGAGGCCACCUCAGGCAUCAUUGGGGUCAACAGGAAAGGACAGGUAUUGUCUGUGUGUGUGGAAGAAGAAAACAUCAUCCCCUACAUAACAAACGUACUCCAGAAUCCAGAUCUUGCUCUACGCUUGGCAGUCCGCAACAACCUUGCUGGUGCUGAGGAACUCUUUGCACGCAAAUUUAACAACUUGUUUGCUGCUGGGAACUACCCUGAGGCUGCAAAGAUGGCUGCAAAUGCACCCAAGGGUAUCCUGCGUACCCCAGACACGAUCCGACGCUUCCAGAGCGUUCCAGCUCAGCCAGGUCAGACGUCCCCCUUGCUGCAGUAUUUUGGAAUCCUUUUGGACCAGGGUCAGCUCAAUAAAUUUGAGUCCCUGGAGCUUUGCAGACCCGUUCUGCAACAGGGAAGAAAGCAGCUCCUGGAAAAGUGGCUAAAGGAAGACAAGUUGGAGUGCUCAGAAGAACUUGGAGACCUGGUGAAGGCAGUUGAUCCAACUUUGGCUCUCAGUGUCUACCUGAGGGCCAAUGUUCCCAAUAAGGUCAUUCAGUGUUUCGCAGAAACUGGACAGUUCCCAAAGAUAGUCCUGUAUGCCAAGAAGGUGGGCUACACUCCUGAUUGGAUUUUUUUGCUGAGAAAUGUUAUGCGGAUAAACCCAGAACAAGGCCUUCAGUUUGCCCAGAUGUUGGUCCAGGAUGAAGAGCCGCUAGCUGAUAUCACACAGAUUGUUGAUGUGUUCAUGGAGUACAACCUGAUCCAGCAGUGCACUUCAUUUCUCCUGGAUGCUUUAAAAAACAACAGACCAUCAGAAGGACCGCUGCAGACUCGAUUGCUGGAGAUGAACCUGAUGCAUGCUCCACAGGUUGCAGAUGCUAUCCUGGGUAACCAGAUGUUCACCAACUAUGACCGUGCCCACAUUGCCCAGCUCUGUGAGAAAGCUGGACUCCUGCAAAGGGCGCUGGAACACUACACUGACCUCUACGAUAUUAAGCGUGCUGUGGUUCAUACACACCUGCUCAACCCAGAGUGGCUUGUAAACUUCUUUGGCUCGCUGUCGGUGGAAGACUCUCUGGAGUGCCUUAGGGCUAUGCUGUCUGCUAACAUCCGCCAGAACCUGCAGAUUUGUGUUCAGGUGGCCUCCAAAUACCAUGAGCAGCUCACCACACAGUCUCUUACUGAACUCUUUGAGUCUUUCAAGAGUUUUGAAGGUCUGUUCUACUUCCUUGGUUCCAUUGUAAACUUCAGCCAGGAUCCUGAUGUUCACUUCAAAUACAUCCAAGCCGCCUGCAAGACCGGGCAGAUUAAAGAGGUGGAGAGGAUCUGCAGAGAGAGCAACUGUUAUGACCCCGAACGUGUCAAGAACUUCCUCAAGGAAGCCAAACUCACUGACCAGCUGCCACUCAUUAUUGUCUGUGACCGCUUCGACUUUGUCCAUGACCUGGUCCUCUACUUGUACCGCAACAACCUGCAGAAGUACAUUGAGAUCUAUGUUCAGAAGGUGAACCCUAGCCGUUUGCCCGUGGUGAUUGGUGGUCUCCUAGAUGUGGACUGCUCAGAGGAUGUCAUUAAGAGCCUGAUCUUGGUUGUCAGGGGCCAGUUUUCCACUGAUGAACUGGUUGCUGAGGUGGAAAAAAGAAACAGACUUAAGCUGCUGCUACCUUGGCUGGAGUCUCGUAUCCACGAAGGCUGUGAGGAGCCUGCCACUCAUAACGCCUUGGCUAAGAUCUAUAUUGACAGCAACAACAAUCCUGAACGCUUCCUUAGAGAAAACCCCUACUAUGACAGCCGUGUGGUAGGAAAGUACUGUGAGAAAAGAGACCCUCAUCUGGCCUGUGUGGCCUAUGAGAGAGGGCAGUGUGACCAGGAGCUAAUAAACGUCUGCAAUGAGAACUCCCUGUUCAAGAGUCUGUCUCGUUAUCUGGUUCGCCGCAAAGACCCUGACCUGUGGGCCAGUGUGCUGCUUGAGACCAACCCAUUCAGAAGACCACUGAUUGACCAGGUGGUACAAACAGCAUUGUCAGAAACCCAGGACCCAGAGGAGGUGUCGGUCACAGUCAAGGCCUUUAUGACUGCAGAUCUACCCAACGAGCUCAUUGAGCUGCUUGAGAAGAUUGUAUUGGACAACUCUGUCUUCAGUGAACACAGAAAUCUGCAAAAUCUGCUGAUCCUGACAGCAAUCAAAGCUGACCGCACUCGAGUGAUGGAGUACAUCAGCAGACUAGACAACUAUGAUGCACCUGAUAUCGCCAACAUUGCCAUAAGCAAUGAGCUCUUUGAGGAGGCCUUUGCCAUCUUUAAAAAGUUUGAUGUCAACACCUCUGCUGUGCAGGUGCUGAUCGAGCACAUUGGCAACCUUGACCGAGCCUAUGAGUUUGCAGAACGCUGCAAUGAGCCAGCUGUGUGGAGCCAGCUGGCUAAGGCUCAGCUGCAAAAGGGCCUGGUGAAGGAGGCCAUUGACUCCUACAUCAAAGCUGAUGACCCUUCUGCAUACAUGGAGGUGGUCCAGGCUGCAGAUAAGAGUGGUAACUGGGAAGACCUGGUCAAAUUUCUGCAGAUGGCUCGUAAGAAGGCCCGUGAGUCCUACGUAGAAACAGAACUCAUCUUUGCUUUGGCCAAAACCAACCGUCUGGCAGAGCUAGAAGAAUUCAUUAAUGGACCUAACAAUGCUCACAUCCAGCAGGUUGGUGAUCGCUGCUAUGAUGAGAAAAUGUACGAGGCUGCUAAACUGCUGUACAACAACGUGUCCAACUUUGGUCGUUUGGCUUCGACCCUGGUCCACCUUGGAGAAUAUCAGGCAGCUGUGGAUGGUGCUCGCAAGGCCAACAGCACCCGCACCUGGAAAGAAGUUUGCUUUGCCUGCGUUGAUGGAGAGGAGUUUCGUUUGGCCCAGAUGUGUGGUCUUCACAUUGUUGUUCACGCUGAUGAGCUGGAGGAGUUGAUCAACUAUUACCAAGACCGCGGUUACUUUGAAGAGCUGAUCACAAUGCUGGAGGCUGCCCUGGGUUUAGAACGUGCUCACAUGGGUAUGUUCACAGAACUGGCCAUCCUCUACUCCAAGUUCAAGCCUCAGAAGAUGAGAGAACACCUGGAGCUCUUCUGGUCCAGAGUUAACAUACCAAAGGUUCUGAGAGCAGCAGAGCAGGCUCACCUGUGGGCCGAACUCGUCUUCCUGUACGACAAGUAUGAGGAGUUUGACAACGCCAUCAUUACAAUGAUGAACCAUCCAACAGAUGCCUGGAAAGAGGGACAGUUUAAGGACAUUAUCACCAAGGUGGCCAACGUGGAGCUCUACUACAAAGCCAUCCAGUUCUAUCUGGAGUUUAAGCCAUUGUUACUGAAUGAUUUGCUCAUAGUGCUUUCUCCCAGACUGGACCACUCACGUGCUGUCAACUUCUUUAGCAAGGUUAAACAGCUGCCCCUGGUCAAACCCUACCUGCGCUCAGUCCAGAACCACAAUAACAAAUCAGUCAAUGAAGCACUUAACAACCUCUUCAUCACAGAGGAAGACUAUCAGGCACUGAGAACAUCAAUUGAUGCCUAUGACAACUUUGACAACAUCACACUGGCUCAACGCUUGGAGAAGCACGAGUUGAUUGAGUUCAGGAGAAUUGCUGCUUACCUCUUUAAAGGCAACAACCGCUGGAAACAGAGUGUGGAACUCUGCAAGAAGGAUAAGCUCUAUAAGGACGCCAUGCAGUAUGCAUCAGAAUCCAAAGACACAGAGCUGGCAGAGGAGCUGCUGUCCUGGUUCUUGAUGGAGAACAAGAAGGAGUGUUUCGCUGCCUGCCUUUUCACUUGCUAUGACCUGCUGCGACCUGAUGUGGUGCUGGAGACAGCCUGGAGGCACAACAUCAUGGACUUUUCUAUGCCAUACUUCAUUCAGGUCAUGAGGGAGUACCUGAGCAAGGUUGAUAAACUAGAAACCUCAGAGUCUCUAAGGAAAGAGGAGGAACAGGCAACAGAAACACAGCCUAUUGUCUAUGGCACACCUCAGCUGAUGCUGACAGCUGGUCCCAGUGUACCUGUGGCACCACAGCAGGCGUACGGCUACGGCUACCAGGCACCUGCAGGAUAUGUUCAGCCAGCUCCUCAGCCUGGCUUCGGCUAUGGCAUGUAAAGACCCCCACCCCUCUCCUUUUCUUCAUUUGUAGUCCAGAGCUACCAACCAUCCAUCUCCCACAGUACCUCACCAGACCAUUGGUGUGUCUCUCUGUCUCUGCGGGAAGCUUGGCCUAACGCCUACACAUCUUUUUCUUAUUUUUUCCCACUUUUAAACUACCAUGAAGGACGUUAUGUUAUCAAAGAAAAGUUUGAAUCACAAAGUUUAAUUUUCUCACAUUCCGUAUUGAAUAGGGUUUAUUUUUCUUUUGUCUAUUUUAUUGACUGGGAAAGGGUUAAUGUACAACAGGGGGCCUGUGAGAAGAGCAAGAACUCUUCCAAGUUAAAAAAAAAAAGGUCUAAUUUGCACUCUGUAGUAAGAAGAAAUAAUGUAGAUCGUUUUUUCCUUUUGACAUGUGAGCAGCUUCUUCUUUCCAACUGUAAAAUUAUUGUACAUUCAGACACACAAAACCGCUACGAAAUUCCUUUAUAUUUGAACAUGAAACUGCCACUUGCAUUCAUCACAGUCCUGAAACACUACCUUGUAUCUGUCGAGUAGCCAGACUUGAGCUUCAGGGCUUUUUCUUCAAUAUAAUACAGAGAGUAUUGUACAUGCACCAAUUUCAGGAAAGAUGUUUUUCCUCCGAAGCCUAUGCAGGACUCUCCAAACAGAUCUGCAGUCAGAUGAUUUAACCAUGUGCUUUAACCUCUGCUCCAACAUGGGACCAUUCCACCUCAGAAGGCACUGCAGAGCUGUUUGACGAACGUGCCCUCCGUCUGUUUUCUCUUCAUGCUGCAGUUUGUUCCUGUUGGUUGUGCUGUUGAGUGUUCAGAAGACUGCUCCUCAUAUUCAUUCAGGGUUGCCUUUAACUUUUCAGUUAACCCACUCAUCUGCUUCACACAUUAUCACAGACUUGUGGUAUAUUGAAGUUUUUAUCAAAGGCUUACGUGUAUAUGAAAAAAAAAUCAAUCAACUUCUUUGAACUUAUAUUCUUAUCUGAAUUACCUUAGAUUUAAAUUGUGCACCAAAAACCUUGAUUGUGCAUAAUCAAAUCAUAAUGAAUGAAACAGCAGUUUUGUUAUCCACUUAACAAUAAAGGCUUCUUGUUUGUCAA